UCCGAGCAGAGGAGCACAGAGAGACAGAGCACAGGCGCGGACCGUGUGUAUAAGCACGCGUGUGUUCUGGACCACUCGGUGACAAUGGAGCUGCAGGACACGCGGAUGGCGGUGGACAAGACUCCCAUGCAGGGGCUUUACCUCCACCCCUACCUGUCUCACCCGCGAGCGUCUGUCCGCAGGUCGGUGUACAGCACCGGAGCGCGUCCUCCGCUGACCUGCGCCUCCAUCCAGGGACGAGUCUACAACUUCUUGGAGAGGCCGUCAGGAUGGAAGUGCUUUGCCUAUCACUUCCUCGUGUUCCUCAUGGUUCUUGCUUGUCUGGUUCUGAGCAUUCUCAUGACCAUGAGGGGGUUUGAUGAGCUGGGCCACACGCACCUCUUCUGGGUGGAAAUCUUCCUUGUGGUCUUCUUUGGAGCCGAAUACAUAAUCCGCCUGUGGUCAGCAGGUUGCCGCAGCAAGUACGUCGGCCUCCUGGGACGACUGCGCUUUGCCAGGAAGCCAAUUGUCAUCAUUGACCUGAUUGUUGUCGUCGCCUCUUCAAUUGUGCUGUUAGCCGGGUCUGAGGGGCAGGUUUUUGCCACAUCUGCUUUGAGAGGGAUCCGUUUCCUGCAGAUCCUCCGGAUGCUUCACGUUGAUCGACGGGGAGGAACGUGGCAUCUCCUGGGAUCCGUGAUUUACAAUCAUCGGCUGGAGCUCAUCACCACCUUUUACGUUGGCUUCUUAUGUCUGAUCAUCUGCUCAUACUUGGUCUAUCUGGCUGAACUUCAACAUGAAGAAGGCUACUUUCAGAGUUACGCUGACUCCCUGUGGUGGGGAGUGAUAACUCUGACCACCAUCGGCUAUGGGGACAUGAUCCCUGUGUCCUGGGCGGGGAAAGCCAUCGCCUCUUUCUUCGCUGUCUUUGCUGUUGCCUUCUUUGCACUUCCUGCUGGAAUUUUGGGCUCUGGCUUGGCCUUGAUGGUGCAGCAGAAGCAAAGACAGAAACAAUUCAACAGGCAGAUACCUGCUGCCGCGAGUCUCAUCCAGAAUGCCUGGAGACGCUUCGCUGUGGAGAAGCAGGAUUCUGUCUCACUCAAGGUGUUUUUAAAGAGAAAAUCAAACGUAUCCUCCCUGUCUUCAGCUGGUAAAACGGGGAAGUCCAAGAACAAGACCAGAGUCGUUGAGAAUGACAACUCUCCGACGGCUCCCGUGUAUCCCUGCAUUUCGUUUGAUGGAGGGUGGGAGCCGCACGCUGACGUUGGAACAGGACAAAGGAACAGCGACCUGCUGGAUCCUCAGAGCUUUGCUGAGGAUCUGGCACAGGAGUGCGAGCUGGACAGCCAACUUACACCUGCAAGCACUCUGUCACAGAUGACAAAUUCUCACCGGACCGCCAUCAAGGUGAUUCAGAGGAUUCGCUUCAGUGUGGCAAAACGGAAAUUUCAGCAAGCACGGAAGCCAUAUGACGUCCAGGAUGUGAUUGAGCACUACUCCCAAGGUCACCUUAACCUUAUGGUGCGAAUCAAGGAGGUGCAGAGGAGACUGGACCAGUCUUUAGGGAAGACAUCUCUGUUCCAGAAAAACCCAGAUCGAGCCAAUGAUCAAAGCAGCAACUCCAUUGGAUCCAGACUCAGUCGAAUGGAGGACAAAAUGGCACACAUGGAGAACAUGCUGAGCAACAUGUCGAGAUCACUCUCGGUCCUGUGCGGCCGAAGCGACAUUGCAGGGAUCAGUGCAGAGGGAAGGACGCAACUCCAGCCGGGACAGUCGCUCGAUGACCACAGUCGGGACAGCCUGCCCAGCUACAACCAGCUGUCAUCUUUGCCCUAUGGCGUGGGGAGCAACAGCGCCACCCACUAGAGCAGAAGCUGAUAACAUCUGUUUAAUGCUGACUGAGUCCACUGGAUAUGAAACUGUGCUGAAAUCCUUUUUAUCAGCAUGUUGUAACCCUGAUAGUAUGAGAAAACACCUAGGAGAUGUAACCUUGCUUUUUAGUUGCAGUCAUACCAAACUCAUAAAACACUAUUACUGACCCAUGAAUGGGCCUUUUUUAUAUUUUAUAUAAAUGUUGCAUCACUAUUCAGCAGUGUCCUGGUCUCAAAUUUGGAUGGCCGUGUAUUGCUGGUAUGGACUCCACCAACUCACAGUCCCCUUCAUCUGGGCCUCUUCUUCCAAGCCCACGGUAGCAAUCUGCCAAAUCAGUUUUUUCAAAAACUACCGUCGCAGCCUGGAAAGACAUCGGUGGCUGCGCCCACUCCAGUUCACUGAACCUUCGCCGGCUCUGCCAGCUCUCCUCUCAAGACCAGAGAUUCUCAGGUGACCCCGGUGACUGUCAGACCAAGUUAGGCACAGUGGUCUGUCGUGACAACAGGAACCACGGAAGCGUCAAUAUCUUAGUGUUGGAAAUGAGGAAAUAUAAUUUGGUAAGAAAAAUGAAUGAGCUGCUUCAGAAAAUUACGUUCAAUCAAAUGUGAGGGGAUAGUUGAGCAGAGUGCUGAGUUCACAUGUUUAGAUAAGAUAACAAAUAAAAUAUUGAAUGACUGAUAAUAUCCAGUGCUUCAACCAACUAUAAAAAAGAAAACGCAGACUGAUCGCAUCUUUGAACGUAUGGCGGAACACUCCCAUCUAGUGGACAACUGGAAAACACUGCUCUGGCGUUCCUCGAACUAAAAACCCGCAUUUAAGAGGUAAAUAAAAUAAAUGCAAAUAAUAUGUCACACUUCUCAGACUAAGUCAGACUAAUUCCUAAAUGCAAUGAACAGUACGCUAUGUUAUAGCAGAAUUUGUAACGUACACGCUUGCGAAUGAAAAUGUAUUUGACCAGAUUU